AUGGAGAUGACAACAAGAAGCCGUAUUCGUCCCCGUACAAAUGAUCCUGAUAUUACGCAGCCCCUAAGAACUACUGAAAAUACUGAUCCAAGCCUAUCAGUUGAGGAGAAUGAAAUUUUCUCAGAACGAAGCACACGAGUUGGGUUUUUCAACUUCUUCAAUGGGUUUAGUCAAAUGUUAACGGGGAGGGUUCGCAUUUUAAAAAAUAAAAUUUAUGCACUCGAAAGCCAGGUUGUUGGGGUUGGGAACUUUGGCAACAAUUACUUCAACGGGAGAUUCAAAUUUCUUCUUGUUCUUGCAUUUGUUCUGUUAUUGGGAUUGGCAUACUACCGAACAAGUACUACAAGUGAAAUGUCUAGAUUGACAAUUUUGAUUAACUACGGUGGGAGGUGGGUUGAUUCGAGGUACGAAAAUUUUAAAGCUAAAGCAGUACUCGUUUCCAAUACAAUUACAUUAAAGGAGCUUCAGAAGCAAGUAUAUGACAUUGUCAAUGUGGACCCAAAUGGCUAUGAGAUAACUAUAAAAGCUAUGUAUAAAACAAUUGAUGGAGCAGAGCCUGCAGAGAUUGAGAAUGAUGAUGACGUGGAAGCUUUUAUUUUGGCCAGUCGUUCAAAUCCUUACAAGAUUCCACUGUGCAUUACAUUGGAGGAGACCAACCUUGAGCGGUCUCUACAGGCUCCCUGAUUAUUCCCAAUUAAAACGUUUAUGGGCUUGGCAGCCAAUGAACGUUCGAUAACCUGAAUUAUCUCCUCUUCAGGUUAAAUGGCUGAGUAUGGGUUGUAGUGCUUCUCUCAACAACUCUUGCGCUAUCCAAAGAACAUAAUUGUUCUCAUGGGCAGUUUUCUUUGAUAGUUUUGGGAACCGUUGAUGUGUGCUCCCUCAAAAUUUGAUUCGCGUUUUUUUAUUGUACUUUGUUCGUUGUGUUUUUCUUAUUCCGCUUUUGUUUUUACUCUUUGCGAGCUGAUUAAUCCCUACGCCCUACAAAGAGAUAUGAUUGUCAUCAUAUGAGGUUUUCUUCGACAAUUUAUGGGAGGAGUUCGUGUUCUCUUAUGGGUCCCUCUUUGUUGUCUUCUCUAUGUUUUCUUGGUGUGUUUCUUGUGUCUCUGAUCCUUGAUGUUUUGAACAACUAUUCUGCUAGACAAAGAACUAUGAUUGUUCUCAUAGAAGGAUUUCCUUGACAGUUUGGGAUAUGUUGGUGUGCUCUCAUAUGAGG